AUGCAGCUAUACCGCAAGGAUCGCUUUGGCGCCCAACAGCUUUCGAGUGUGAUAUGUGAUAUGAGCUCAUUGAGCCUACCGAGCCUCCUGCAGCCUGGCCCGCUGUUCGUUGCUCUGCCCAACGUGGAUGCGCUUGAUCCCCAGCCUCCCUGCUCCAUACUGUCCGCAUCACUUCUCUCACGUCUUAAAACCUCGUUGGGAUACCUCCGAUCGGACCUUUGCGCUGAUCAAGGCCUGAGGUUAACAACCCAACUGCCUUAA